CCGCGCUUGGCACAGUGUCUAACGGAGCUGCUUUCACUAGCCAGUGCGAUCAGUGCCAGCCAAACGGGCGACAAAGCGGGUUAAAUCAGUGGAAUACAGUGGAUAAGCAGCAGAGACUCCUUGCGAAAUGAAAGUGCUCAUACUUCUUGUGCUGUUGGUCGUUUCCUGCCAGGGACAACACCACCAUGCUCACCAGCAUCAGAAUGUGAACAACAUUCCGCGCGAUGACAAACCAGAUCAUCAUCGCCACGAAGAUCACCGAGAGACCAGCACCUGGAUACCCAUAAUCAAGUACAACAAGGAGCAGAGUGAGGAUGGCAGCUACAAGACGGAAUACGAGACGGGCAACAGCAUCGUUCAUGAGGAGACGGGCUUCCUCAAGGACUUCGAUACGAACCCGAAUGGAGUGCUGGUCCAGCAUGGCCAGUACUCUUACCAAUCGCCCGAGGGAACUCUGGUGAAUGUGCAGUACACGGCCGAUGAGAAUGGAUUCAGGGCCACGGGCGAUCACAUUCCCACUCCGCCGGCCAUUCCCGAGGAGAUCCAGAAGGGACUGGACCAGAUCUACGCCGGCAUCAAGUUGCAGCAGGAGCGCCUGGAGCAGCGGGCCAAAACGGAUCCGGACUUUGCCAGGAAACUGGAGGAGCGACGGGUGGCCAACCAGAAUGGCCAGUACAUCGGCCUGCUGGAGAACCAAUAGACGAGUUCCGCCCAUCCAUUCAUCCAUCCCAUUCCCCCACCGAACCGAUGAUCCUGGAAACGUGACUACUUCGCAUUCUAUAUCAACAAUUACAACAACAAGACUGUGAUUUCACUCUGCAAGUUCUUCCAAAACGCUCUACCAUUCUGAUUGAUAAACCUUUAAUUACUCUUAAAUUUCCAACUAAGUUCCAUAUACACACACACAGAUACUUAUAAACAGGGGCGCUCGCUCAAUCAAAAUAAUAAUAUUUUAUUAACGAGUGUGAAAGUUUCACUGAAACAAUAAAAGAAAAACUAACGUUUCCAUUA